UGUACUUCACUGCCACCUUUCCCUACGUCAUGUUGUUGAUCCUUCUAAUUCGAGGACUAUGUCUUCCUGGCGCUCUUGAAGGAGUUCUUUUUUAUCUUCUGCCUGAUCCAACACGAUUAACUGACCCUCAGGUGUGGAUGGAGGCCGGGGCACAGAUCUUCUUCUCCUACAGUAUCGGUGUGGGCUCUCUAAUUGUGCUAGGCAGCUACAAUAAACAAAAUAACAACUGCUACAGGGACUGCCUGUGGCUUUGUUGCCUUAACAGUGGUACGAGUGUCGUAGCUGGGUUUGCAGUGUUCUCUGUGCUGGGAUUCAUGGCUCACAAACAAGGCAUUCCUAUAGCUGAGGUGGCAGAGUCAGGUCCAGGUUUGGCAUUCAUUGCAUAUCCUCAGGCAGUGGCUAUGAUGCCUCUUCCCCAGCUCUGGUCCAUCUGCUUCUUUGUCAUGCUCAUCCUCUUGGGUCUGGACACACAAUUUGUUGCAAUGGAGGUGGUGAUGACGUCUAUCAUAGACAUGUUUCCCAGAAUUAUGCGACAGGCAAGACGUCGAGAGAGCUUCCUCCUCCUGUUCUGCCUAAUUUGCUUCUUUUCUCAGCUAGUCAUGAUCACUGAGGGAGGGAUGUUUGUGUUCCAGCUGUUUGACUACUAUGCAUGUAACGGAGCCUGCAUCCUCUUCCUCUGUGUGUUUGAAGCCCUUUCAAUGGGAUGGAUAUUUGGAGCGGAUAAAUUGUAUGGCAUAAUAAAGGAUAUGACAGGGGUGGACGCCAACCCAUUCUUCAAAAUCUGCUGGCUGUACCUCACGCCACUGGUCUCCCUGGGAUCUUUCAUAUGUUCUUUAGUGGAGUACCAGCCUCUGACUUUCAACCGGUGGUAUGUUUACCCAUCCUGGGCGUACGUAUUGGGCUGGGUGCUGGCUCUCUCCUCCAUCCUGCUGGUACCAGGGUGGGCAUUUUAUAAGCUGGCUACAGGCAAAGGCACACUCAGGCAGCGCGUCUGCGAUUUAUGCCGACCUGCUCUGGACGACUCACCAACCCAAACGACAGAAACCGAGCUGCAAAACAUGGGUGUUGACCUGCUGCAGCCAUUCAUGACCAACUGAUGCAACUAGAAUUCUCUGUUUAGCUUUAAGCACACAAAACUUAGAUGAACCUCCAUGAUCAGAUGAGGAGAAAAAGGCUAUCAAGGUCUGAGCAUCGGUUCAGUGUCUCCUUCUGUGGAAAACAACAUCACAAUAGAUUUACCUUUAAGAAUAAGCCAUAUUAUAAAAGCACCACCUAAAGGCUGUAUACCUUCAUUCUGUCUUUUUUCUGGUUGUUUUUGUGAGAUUUCAUUCGUUUUACUAUGAACAUUAUGCUGUCAGAUAAUCAUCUUCUGUGGUUUUUGUAUGGAGUGUUAAGACAAAUAAAUCCCCUCCAUUGAGUUUUUGUGUUUUAUCUUGUUCAUUUGUCCUUUUUUCAGGUGUGGUCCUGCCUUUUACUUCUGAAAAAGAUAACCUUUAAAGGCAGCAAAGAGCUGAAUAUGAAUACAGUGGUACGCUGUUAUAUACAGCUUGCAUGAUUUCAAGAGCUAUUGCAGAUAUUCUAAGAAAAUGCUCCACUAAAAGGUUAAAAGCAGAUACCAUCCUGGUGGACUGACUUUUCUGCUCACAAUUCAUAACUUUGGGAGGAUUAUAUUUGGAAAUUUCCACU